AUGGGGCACGCCCGCACGGGGAAGCUAAUUGAGCCACGGGGAGACAACGCGGCGCUGCUAGCCAUCAAGGCUGCGCUCGGCAACCCCUACCACUUCGCAUCCUGGACGCCCGACUACACGUGCUGCGAUUGGUACGACGUCGACUAUGAUGACUCCAUCGGUCGCGUCGUCGGCCUCUCCGUGUUCCAGGACGGUAACAUCAUGGGCACCAUCCCUGACGUCAUCGCCGGCCUCGUCCACCUCCAAAGCCUCACGUGGCACCACCUUCCUGGCAUAUCUGGCCCCAUCCCUCCGGCCAUCGCCAAGCUCUCCAACCUCUCCUCCCUCACCAUCUCCUGGAACGCCAUCUCCGGGCCCGUGUCAUCCUUCCUCGGCGUGCUCACCAAGCUCACCUUCCUUGACCUCUCCUUCAACUCCCUAACAGGCACCAUCCCAACCUCACUCGCCGCCAUCCCCAACCUCUCCAUCAUCAACCUCAGCCACACCCGCCUCACCGGCUCCAUCCCUCCGCGGCUCCUCAGCAAGUCCGCUGACCAGAUCUACCUCUGGUUGUCGCACAACAACCUGUCCGGCACCCUCCCCGCCGAGUUCGCCGCCGCCAAUUUCUCGCACCUCAACCUGUCACGCAACCGCUUCACCGGCAACGCGCCAGGCCUCUUCGGCCGGGGAAAGGAGCUCCAGUACAAGGAGACAAAGAUCUCACCAUGA